GGAGUGUGUGUGGUGCAGUGGGCGGUACGUUGCCAGGGUUGAUCGGCGCCACUGGUUCCUCCAUGAUGAUGAAACCAUUCCUGUCGUUUCCUGUCGAGACGGCUUCGCCAGUCGGACUGUUCCCAAACUUCAACACGAUGGACCCGGUUCAGAAGGCCGUCAUCAACCACACUUUUGGCGUUACGUUGGUACCCAAGAAGAAACAGGUCAUCUCAUGCACCGUGUGCCAGCUGAGGUUCAACUCUGACUCUCAGGCAGAGGCUCAUUUCAGGGGCAGUCGUCACGCCAAGAAGCUCAAGUCUCAGGAGAACAAGACCAAGGCCAAGCUGUCAAUCACCGGAGAGACCAAUGGGAGCAGAACGAGUCCCGUUUGCCCCGCCCCUCCUGUCUCAGCAAACAGCAUCACCAAUCAGCACACAGAUCUCUUAUCUGGCCUCACAGACUCCUUUACUCUCAAUCCCUUCGUCCUCCCCUCCUUCUCCCCUCCCUCCUCCACCUCCCCCUCCUCCAGCAGACCAGGCAGUGAGCCUCCUCCCUCCAGUCCUCCCACCGCUCUCCCUGCCCCGGGCCUCUUCUCCUCCUCUUCCUCACCCUCUUUCCCUUCUUCCAAAGCCUCUCCGCCUCUCCCUCCUCCAGCUCCUGUCACCUCCUCGUCAUCCCCUGCUACUCCUCCUCCUCCCUCCCUGGCCUCUUCCCAGGAUGCUCCUUCCUCGGCAGAGACAGAGGAUGAGAAGGCGAAGAAGCUGAUGUACUGCUCUUUGUGUAAAGUCGCCGUCAACUCUCUCUCUCAGCUGGAGGCUCACAAUGCAGGUUCAAAGCACAAGACGAUGAUGGAGGCUCGGAGCGGCGCCGGGCCGAUCAAGGCGUACCCUCGAGCCGGGGCCAAGCUGAAGAACGGCAGCAGCUCCGUGCUGAAGGGCUCCGGCCUGCAGAACAAAACCUUCCACUGCCAGAUCUGUGACGUUCAUGUCAACUCUGAGAUCCAGCUCAAACAGCACAUCUCCAGCAGGAGGCACAAGGACAGAGUGGCUGGAAAACCCAGCAAACCCAAAUACAGCCCUUACAACAAACAGCAGCGCAGCCCACUCUCUGGCGAGUUGUUGAAUCCCUCCAUCUCUCCGUCCUUCCUCUCCACUCCCUUUGCUCCUCCUCCCUGCUCCCUCACCACAACCAUCUCCCUCUCUCCCUCCUCUCUCUCCUCCCCCCUCUUCACUGCCAACUCCACACCCCUCAGCCCCACCAUGUCUCUUCAUCCUCGCCCUCCCUGCUCCUCGUCUAUCUUCACCACCUCCUUCCUGCGUCCGGCUCCUGGACCAAUGAGAGCGAGCCAAGGAUCGAUCCUCUUUGCACCCUACUGAGCUCGGCGUCGGGGAACGGGAAUCAAACCUGUGACCUUUGACGUCCAGUUUGUGGGAGUGACAGAUAGUCCAAAAGAGACAUAAGCUCUGCCAUCGUGGCUGCAGGGAUUCAAACCUGCAACCUGCUCACCUGGCUUCGAAGUGAGACUGAACCUCCUCCGUCUUCUGGAUGUUCUCGGGACGAAACUUAACAACUGACCCGACAGCAACCGAGGAUUUUAUAAACCAGAACCGAACAGAGACUAAAAGAAAUGUACUCUGACAUUUCAAGAAAAGCAAUACCUCUCUCAACAAAAUAAACACUCAACUUAUGAAUGCUUACUAAAAAAAAUUCUUUCUUUGACAUUUUACCAAAAAAGAGCCCCUAUUAAAGAAGAUGGAGUCUGUUGUUCUCAUGUAUCUGCGGUUAACCAGGAUUUGUGAAGAACCAUAAUGGACGAGCAGAAUCUAAAAACUCCUGCUGGAGGAGCGAACCAGCACACACCUGAUGUCAGACGUCCUCCGUCAUGAACAAAUGCUACUGCUGAUGUCUUUAUAUCAUAUCAACACUGGAUUACGAUGCCACGAAUGUUGUCCUGCACUAAGUUUUGACCUGUUCCUAACAUACAUAAUCUCGAGCAAACAAACUGGGAAGAAGGAUAAAGAUAAGGCUGGCAAUAUUCUUUAUUUAUUUUAUUGUCAACAAUACGACACAUAGACACAAAUGUGUUUGUCGAGCAAUACUUUCUGACCUCCUCAGUCCCAAACCUAUUAGCCCUUGGUGAGAAAAUGCUUGGCUAUUUACCUAGACAGCUGACCUUGCAAAUGUGUCUCUAACUGGAGGACAUAGUGUUUGGUUGGGAACCAUUGUCUUAUCUGUCCGUCCAAUUAUUUUAGAAACCUUACAUGAAUGAAAGACUCAGCCUCAUUAUUUUUACUCUAGUGCCACCCUCAGGAUACACUCCACACGACAAGUGUCUGAACGCUCUUCUAUCAUUGGCUAUGAGCUCAACUAAAGGAUAUUAAAAGGAUGCAAAUAGGUCCUGAUCGAUCGUCCUUAUAUUCAAGGUGGGGGUGAAAAAACAAAAAAUAAUGAAAACACAUUUAAUAAGUACGAUGCAUUUCAAAUAACUUUUUAAAGCUUACAUUUAUUUAUUUGUCAAAUGGCUAAUUAGAUGUCUAAUGUAAGCACCAUUUACGGAUGAAGUGCAAAAGUUAACUAGUAUUUUCCAAGCAAUAAUCAAAACAUUUACAGUGCAAAUGAACCCCAUGGAGCAGAAAUAAGUCAGAAAUAACAUAACAAGCACCAUUUUUAUGUAAAAUGAGAGCGAUAACACUGGAGGUUAUUUUCUAUAGAUUCAAAUGGUCGAUAUUUUCCUGUCCGUCUUCCUGCCUCCUCCUGAAGCACUUGAAGCAUCUCGGUCUUCCAAUAAUGAACAAAAAUCUGUUUAAAGGACAGUAUGUUUGUGUGUGUUUAUCUAUGCAGUAUUUUGGUCUCAUGGUGUGGUAACUAUCUCAUCUCCUCACCAUGCAACUACUCAAAUGUUGAUGAAGGUGGUCAACUCACUAAAACAAAGCUCUAAACUCUUUAACUGAACUUCUUCCUCCUUUGUCAAAUGAUGUCUUCAUGAUGCAAUAAUGUAAAGAUCAGCUGCUGCUUUUCUAUUUGCUUCCUUAUCAGCAACACUGAGGCCUGAGAGUCUUCACUGGGGUCAAGUUACGAUUCUGGAAUGAAACAAAACUGAAUGCACUGAAGUGUUAUUUCAGGUUGUAGAAAAUGUCUUGAAAACUGAGAUUGUGAGUGUGUGUGAAUGUGUGUAUUCUCUCCGCGCUUCAUCAAAUUGAAUCACUUUGCUUCCAAAAUAAAAGCGUGUAUGUUUCCCAUAGGACAUGCGCACAUUGAGUAAAUUAAGUGUUUUUAAAAGAGGGGUUAAACUGCCACACACAGGGCUCUUAUCUUUCAUUAAAUAUAUUUAAAAAUGAUUAAAUCUGUUUUUUGAAAAUCAAAGUUAUAAUUGUGGUUGCACAUAGAUUCAGUUCUCUGACUCACCUAUCAUCGCCCUUUCUGAGUUUAGAUUGAAUAAUGCACCAUUCAAAUAUUUCAUACAUGGAAACAGGGUAGCUUUAAUCAAGUUUUAAAACAAUAAAUAGUUCAGAUAUUUCAAAAAGAAAAGAAAGAAAGACAUAUCGUUUAUGUUCAGAACAGCAACAUGUAAUCAUCCUCUUUCAUUUCAUUCUGUACAGUAUUUAUUCGUCCGACCUUGUUUUUUUUAUGAUGAUUAUGAUGCAAAUAUGCAAAUGAAAACGUGUCAGGUUGAGAAUCAUUUUUCUUCUUAUCAUCUUAUUGCUGUACAUUUGUUUUAUUUGUUUUCAUUAAAAAAUGCUGAACUUA